AUGACCACCAUUGCCAAUCUGCGGCGCAUGUCCGCUAAAUCACUCUCCGAAAAGAUUCUAGCUGAGAAGGACUCGGCCGACACGUCUUAUGCCGUUAUCGACGUGCGAGAUGACGACCACAUUGGCGGCCACAUCAAAGGCUCCACCAACAUUCCCUCCAUCCAGCUCGAUGCCAUGAUGCCCACUCUAGUUCGCAAGCUCAAGGACAAAAAGGCCGUCAUUUUUCACUGCGCACUCAGUCAGCAGCGUGGGCCGAGCGCUGCGCUCAAAUAUCUCCGAGAGAAGGAUGGUCUGCUGAAGAGUCUUGGCGAGGAGAGUGCGGGUUCGGGGCAGGAGGUGUUCGUUUUGGAUCGCGGCUUUGUUGGGUGGCAGCAGGUUUAUGGGGAUGAUGAACGGCUGACGGAGGCGUAUGUGAAGGAUCUUUGGGAGAAUUACUGA